AUGGGCACUCAGCUGCAAACCUUCACCAACUUGUCCUACAUGGGCAACCCUCGGCUUUGUGGGGAACUAUUACAGAUCAAGUGCCCAGGCGACAACCCACCCACUGGAGUUCCAGAAGAAGAGGACAUGCACGAAGAUGAUGAGUACUAUGGAGGAAUUUGGUAUUUCAUUGGCUUUGCUCCUGGAUUUGUAUUUGGCUUCUGGAGUUUUAUCUUGAAAACAGAGUCGAAAUGUGCUAAGGAGCAACUUGUGGAGAAAAGAGCAGAGCAGGGUCGUGCCUCUUGGCACAACCGUGCUUCUUCACCAGGGAGCAGCGAGAGAUUGGCCUUGCCCCCAGGCACGGUAGUGCAGAAAUGCACCCAGAAAGAGCAAAGAACACAAUAUUGUUCAGAUUGCACUUUUCGGAUUCUUGUGCAAGAGUUCAUGGCUUGGAAUGCUGCUGCUUCGCCUAACCCUCUUUUCUGUCUAUUCUGGAUGUCUCUUUUAUUUGCCUCUGCAACGGCGCAACUGUGCAUGGAGAAGGAGAGGAAGGCCCUGCUCGACGUGAGAUGUGGGCUUUCUGUUGCUGACGGUAGACUAUCUUCAUGGAGGGGCGAGGACUGUUGCAAAUGGGAGGGAGUUGAGUGCCACAACAUCACGAGUCACGUUGUAAAACUCGACCUCUCUUAUCUCGACGGAUCAACGCCCAACAAAAGUGAGGUGAGUUCUUCCCUACUUGAUUUGGAGCACUUGACUUUUUUAGAUUUAAGCGGGAACAACUUCGGCGGUGCUCGGAUUCCUACGUUUCUCGGAUCUUUAACUCAACUAGAGCAUUUAGACCUUUCUCAAGGAGGGUUCAGUGGAAGAAUUCCUUACCAGCUUUGCAAUCUCUCGAAACUGCAUCAUUUGGCUCUAGAUAAUAACGGUAUCGAGGGAACGAUAUCUGAAACAAUUGUCCUUCUCGGGAAUCUUCAGUUCCUUGACUUGGGCCUUAACAACAUCAGUGGUGAGAUCCCAGAAAGCAUUGGAAAUUUGAGUAAACUGUCAGUUUUAGAUCUGUCUAGCAACAGAAUUUUUGGAGCCAUACCAGGGAGUAUCGGCAAUCUGGCUGCACUGCAGAAUCUGGACUUGUCAGGCAAUCAAAUUAGUGGGCAGAUACCAAAUUCAGUUGGAAAUCUCUGGCAGUUAGAAGAACUCAGUAUGUCUCACAAUAACAUAAGUGGAUCAGUUCCCAGUUCAUUGGGAGGUAUGUGCAACUUGAAUAGAAUCGAUUUGCGUGAUAACAGAAUAAUAGGGGAGCUUGCUGAAUUUUUUGAGCAAUUGUCGAGAUGCAGAAACGAUAUUAGGCUUUCCCUCAGCCUGCAGAACAAUGAAAUCAGUGGCCCUUUACCAAUUCACAUGGAAAAGCUUCAGAGGUUGGUUCAACUUGACCUUGUUUCCAAUUCAUUGAAUGGCUCAAUCCCAACUUCUUUGGGAAAACUUUCCCAACUAUUGUUAUUAAAUCUGUCUUCAAACUAUUUGGUUGGAGGCCUCACAGAAGCACACUUUGCCAAUCUCACAAGUUUACUCAGUAUGGAUUUAUCUCACAACAAUUUGUCAGUCAACGCGAGCAGUGGUUGGCUUCCUCCAUUUCAUGCAAAUGUAAUCACAAUGGGAUCUUGCAACUUGGGACCCAAGUUUCCUCCAUGGCUGCAAAACCAAAACAGAUUAAACUCGCUGGACAUAUCGAAUACUGGGAUAUCAGACUUUUUUCCAGAAUGGUUUUGGAGCUUGUGCACGCCACUCAUGCAGCUGAAUGUUUCUCACAAUCACAUGAGAGGGGUGUUGCCAAGCUCUUUAGAAUGCUUCGGGCUUGUGACAAUAUUUGAUUUAAGUUACAACAACUUGGAAGGCUUCAUACCGAGAAUGCAUUAUGUUGGUCUAUAUCUGGACCUCUCUCACAAUUCAUUAUCUGGAUCAAUUCCAGAAAGCUUGGCGGGUGAUAACCUUGGCUUUAUUCUUUUGUCUGAUAAUAGAUUAAAUGGAAGCAUUCCAUCCUCCAUUUGUACAACAUAUCUGCAAAUUGUGAACCUUGCCAACAAUGGUAUAUCUGGAGCACUCCCAGAUUGUUGGAGCAAUUCACCAUACCUGAUUAUCAUGGAUGUUUCGAGCAACAUUUUAUCCGGUGGCAUUCCCGCAACGCUUGGGCUUCUGAACAUGCUCCAAUCACUGCACUUGAGUAACAAUAACCUCACUGGCGCAAUUCGCUCAACCUUGCAACAAUGCAGGGAACUCACGGUUAUCGAUUUGAGCUUGAAUGAGUUGUCGGGUGGCAUACCCAGUUGGAUCGGAUGGAGUUUGCUGUCGCUUCGAGUACUUUCUCUAAGGUCAAAUAAAUUGAGUGGUGAAAUCCCAUGGCAGCUCUCAUUAUGCCCUUCUCUCCAAGUGCUAGACCUUGCUCACAAUAGCCUAUCUGAUCCUUUGCCUCCAAGUUUUGGUAAGUUCAUCUCCAUGGCAACACGCCAGACUGAUAAAGAACUUGUUCCGCUUAAUAGGGGUUCCUCUUAUUACACAGACAGUGUCAUUAUAACUGCCAAAGGUUCACAACUCCUUUACACUAGGACGCUUUCGCUUGUCCCUAGCAUUGACCUCUCUAACAACAAUCUUUUUGGUGAAAUUCCAGAAGAGCUGACAAAUCUCCAUGGCCUUCGUUUCCUCAACUUGUCUUGGAAUCAUUUCUCAUGA